UCUCUCUCUCUCUCUCUCUCUCUCUUCCUUCUUCUUCUUCUUCUUCCAGUGAUUUUAAAUGCUUCCGUGAGAUGGUUAUGUAGCUGUUUUAAGUACAUGCAAACACUAUAAAUUAAUCCAUGGGUUUACUAUCUGUAUCUGAUGAAACAAUGCCACGAAUUGUAUCAAUUCUGCUAUUUUUGUUACAAUUUUGUUUUUUAGUUUUUUUCAUUUGAGGAUGUGUUUGGAUGCGCAAGUGAAUUGAAUUGUCAGUGUUCAGUUUAAGAGGAAAUGACAGAAAAUAACCAUGUUUGCUAGUAUUUGUAUUGAGGGAUCAACCCUCAAACUCCAGCUACAUUCAUUUCAAGUCCAACUUGAAACUAAUGAAAUUGCAAUUCCUCAUUAGAUGAAUAAUUGCAAUUGCAUUUGAUAGUCCAUCCAAACACACCCAGGUGAUUCAAAUUCUUAUGGAGAUGACGUGUUGCCGCCCCCCCCCCCAAAAAAAAAAAAAAAAAAUCCCCUUAAAUUGAACUUUUGUAGUUACGAAAUGGUUUUGAAGAGGAUAAAGUACUUUGAAUCUUACCAGCAUUUGAUAGAGAAUAUGGGCAUCUACCAUAUUGAGAUUUUCUGCAAAUGAAAUUUCUCCAUUUUUAAUUCUACCCUUUGAUUUUAGAUUACAUUCCAUGCAUUUCAUUUACAAGCUAAUUUCCUUUCCUUUUUAUGGAAAGAUGGGUGGAACUGUUUUCAGAUUUGCAAAAGCAUCUUUUCUGGCCAUAUUUUUCAGCCUCAUGUGAUGGUUCCCCAAUGGCUAAGAGGAGGAAUUGGCUUAAUCUGCUAAAGAGAUUAUUUGGUUCGGGGGCAGGAACAAAGGCAGAAAAGAAGGACAAGAGGAGGAGAUGGCUGUUUGGGAGGCUCAAGCUCAAACGCCCACCUGCACUUACAGCACCACCAUCGCCAACGGAGAAGACACUGAGUGAAGCAGAGGAAGAGCAUACCCAGCAUGCCUUGGCUGUUGCCAUUGCAACAGCAGCUGCUGCCGAGGCUGCCGUUGCGGCUGCCCAGGCCGCUGCCGAGGUCGUUCGUCUCACAGCCACCCCUCUAUCGGUUUAUCGAUCUGACAAGAGAAGUCGUGAAUUGGCCGCCAUCAAAAUUCAAACCGCCUUCCGUGGAUAUCUCGCAAGGAAAGCAUUGCGGGCAUUGAAGGGAUUGGUGAGGCUUCAAGCUUUGAUUCGUGGUCGAGCUGUGAGACGCCAAGCAAUCACUACUCUCAGGAGUUUGCAAUCCAUCAUAAAGAUCCAGUCACAGGUUCGUGCAAGGAGAGUGCGAACAGUGGAAGAGAGUCAUAGUUGCAAAGACAUAGAACAGGUUGACAAGCAAAGUGAGGAAUUGGGAGACAUAAAAACAAGGAUCGAAGAAAACAGACAAAGAUGGGAUGACAGCUUGCUAUCGAAGGAAGAGCUUGAAGCCAUAUAUCUAACCAAGCAAGAGGCUGCAUUAAAACGCGAACGUGCAUUGGAAUAUGCAUUUGCUCGUCAGGAGAGGAGGAAUGCUCAAAGACCAACUACAUCUACGGUGAAAGAAUCAGAACCUGAGCGGGUAAACUGGAGAUGGAGCUGGUUAGAGAAAUGGGUUGAUGCCCAACCAUGCGAAAGACGGCUAGAAACUAUCCACAACCAACCACACCGGCUUUCUGAUGCAGUUGCUCACUUUGACUGCGUACAUAGAAAUGAAGGGGAAGAACCCAAAUGUAGGAGGGGACUUCAGAUGCAUGAAGAAUAUCUAGGAUCAAAGUCUCCUUCACUCGCAAGAAAAUCAUUCCAUCUACCGAAACAGAACUCGAUCAGGGACAAUGAAUCCUUCUUGAGCUCUCCCGCCAUCCCAAGCUACAUGGCGUCCACAGAGUCAGCAAAGGCAAGGGAGAGAACGAACAGCAUGCCAAAACAAAGGACGGGAGUCCUAGAUACUCAUUCCGAUCCCAAUUCAUCAUCCGAUUAUGAUAGGCUCUCUCCAAGCAUCAGUAAGGUUACCAUAAAGCAUCCCAGUCCUCAUCAGAGAUCCCCACGCUUGAAAGGCGUCACAGGUCCCGUCAAAUCCGAAAGGUCAUUGAAGGAUCUCAGUGUUGAUUCCAGCUGCUCAUUGCUGAACUGGGACAGACGAACUGCUUUUAGAUGAUUCUUUUAAAAGAAGUGGGAAUGAGCAGACUGAUCUCUUUUGUUUUUUAUAUCUGAUUGAAGGCCACAACAAUGGUUUUGACAGUACAGAUUAUACGUCCAAGUUCAUGAGAUGAUCCAAAGAAAAAAUGAGCUGACUUAAGGCAAUCAAAAUCAUUCAGGACUGCAACGAAGCGGAUGCAGCCUUGGGUUUCAAUAAAGUUGGAUUGAUGGUCAUCUUAGUGAGACAUCAGAGAUGUGGAUUUCGAUUCUUUAGAGGAUUUUCUCUAUUGUUUUUUGUGAUCUUUGGGUUAAGGAUAUGGUGUUUUCAUUAACAGGUUGGGUUUGGAGUGUUGGAGGAGGAUUUCCAGUGGGAAUUGUAUUGGUUUGCAGCACAGAAUUUGUAUCUGUUAUUACAGUGUA